AUCACUCUUCAUACAUGCUCAUUCUAUCAAUGUGUUGAUACUUAAUCAAUCUCUUUUUAUUAUAGUUCUACAAUGAAGAAGAGGCAAGAAAAUAUACUCAAAAUUCAAGAAUUAUAGAUAUUCAAGCUCAAAUGACUGAGAGAUGCUUAGAACUGCUUCUACUUCCUGAAGAUACUCCUUGCUUGUUACUGGAUGUGGGUUGUGGGUCUGGUUUAUCUGGUUCAGUACUUGAAGAAAAUGGACACAUGUGGAUUGGUCUCGAUAUAUCUCCUUCAAUGCUUGAUGUGGCAUUAGAAAGAGAGACUGAAGGUGAUCUUGUGCUCGCAGAUAUGGGAGAAGGUAUUCCAUUUAAAGCUGGUUGUUUUGAUGGUGCUGUCUCUGUAUCAGCUUUACAGUGGCUUUUUAAUGCAGAUAAAAAAUCACACAAACCUGUUAAAAGGUUGUACACAUUCUUUAGCACAUUAUAUGCUUGCUUAUCUAGAUCUGCACGUGCAGUAUUCCAAUUCUACCCUGAAAAUGAAAGUCAAUUGGAAUUACUCACAGCACAGGCAAUGAAAGCAGGUUUUUAUGGAGGUGUAGUCAUUGACUAUCCCAACUCUGCCAAAGCUAAGAAAUUUUUCUUAGUACUCAUGACUGGUGGUUCUGGGCCAUUACCGAAAGCCUUAGGUACUGAUGAAGCUGAGGAGAACCUUCAAGUAAAAUAUGCAAGAAGAGAUGCAUCAAAGGCUGCCCGUGGAAAACCUUUAAAAAACACUAGAGCAUGGCUAUUAGAAAAAAAAGAAAGAAGACGAAAACAAGGCAAAGAAACUAAGCCUGACACAAAAUACACAGGCAGAAAGAGAAGUGGUAGAUUCUGAUAGCAAACAAAUUAGAAUACAUUAUAUUUUUAUUUAUUAAGAAUUUGUUAAAUAUAAUAUUAUCUUUUUAUUACAUAUUUCCAUACAGUAUCAACACCAUGACCUAUAAUUUCAAUUGGUGUCAUAUUAGGUAAUGGGAAUCUGCAAGCAACUACUACUGUAUCAGGGUUAACUUCUUUUAACAAUUUAUAUUCAAAAUCUUCCAUCAUUUGUUCCACUCCAAAAAUUACUAUUACAUCAUAUGGCUUCAAAUUAAAAGUCCAUAAAUUUUGUCUGUAAAAUUUUGUGCCAUAGAACUCUGGUUUCAAUAAAGCUGCUAAUCUUGAGUAAUAUACGAGCCAAGGAUUCAGUUCAACUCCUUCUGCUUUAAACCCCAAUUUGGCUGCAGUAAACACAAUUCUACCAUCACCAGAUCCUACAUCCAGCAGUUUUCCGUGAUGGUUUGCUAAAGCUUUGGAUACACCAGUUAAUUGUGUGGUUGUUGCUGGCACAAACGGCAAACAAAACUUUCUUAAAGCUGGGGAAACAAACGAAAUACAAACAACACUAACUCCAAUAGCAAGCCCUCCUGUAGUAUAUAUUAAUGCCUGACCGAUAGGCGAUAACUUUGAUUCUUUUUUGGAGUUUGUAAUUAGUACGUCCAUAUUUUCAGUAAAUUUUUACACUUAAUAAAUUAUAGUAAAAGUACCGAAUACAUAAACUAGUAUUUGUAAUACAUGCAUUUAAUUAUUAUAAGUAUAGAGAGUAUUAAAUAAAUAAU